AAUAUACCGUACGCAUAUAUUGGCGCAUAUAUAUAUAUGUAUCGAAAUAUAUAGAUACAUACAGCAACCCUCUGUUCAGAUCAAACAUCUCAGAAGCUUCUUCUUCUUCUUCAUAGGGGAAUUAGGGCUCAUUUUGAUCUCUUUCCGCAAGCAAAAGCUUUUACCAAAAUGAAGGCACUCAUUCUUGUUGGAGGAUUUGGAACUCGCUUGAGACCGUUAACUCUCAGUGUUCCAAAACCACUUGUCGAUUUUGGCAACAAACCCAUGAUCCUUCACCAGAUUGAGGCUUUGAAGGCUAUAGGGGUUACGGAAGUGGUUCUUGCUAUCAAUUAUCAGCCAGAGGUCAUGCUCAACUUUUUAAAGGAUUUUGAGACCAAGCUCGGCAUAAAAAUCACAUGUUCACAAGAGACCGAGCCGCUUGGAACCGCGGGGCCCCUGGCGUUGGCUAGAGACAAGCUGAUAGACGAUUCCGGAGAACCGUUUUUCGUUCUCAACAGUGAUGUCAUCAGUGAAUAUCCACUGAAACAGAUGAUCGCAUUCCACAAGUCCCAUGGUGGUGAAGCGUCUAUAAUGGUCACCAAGGUGGAUGAACCUUCAAAAUACGGUGUGGUGGUUAUGGAAGAAUCAACAGGGCAAGUCGAAAAAUUCGUUGAAAAACCGAAAGUGUUUGUGGGUAACAAGAUUAACGCCGGGAUUUAUCUACUGAACCCGUCCGUUCUUGACCGAAUCGAACUUAAACCCACUUCAAUCGAGAAAGAAACCUUCCCAAAAAUCGCAUCCGAGAAGUUACUAUACGCAAUGGUUCUACCGGGAUUCUGGAUGGACAUCGGACAACCAAAGGAUUACAUCACCGGCUUAAGGCUCUAUCUAGACUCGUUAAGAAGGAACGACCCGUCAAAACUGGCUACCGGAUCACACAUUGUGGGUAACGUUCUGGUUCAUGAGAGUGCGAAGAUCGGUGAAGGAUGUUUGAUUGGGCCGGAUGUUGCGAUUGGGCCAGGCUGCGUUGUGGAUUCGGGUGUAAGGUUGUCGAGGUGUACUGUGAUGCGUGGGGUUCGGAUCAAGAAACACGCGUGCAUAUCGAGUAGUAUUAUUGGUUGGCACUCGACAGUUGGGCAAUGGGCCCGGGUUGAGAACAUGACGAUUCUUGGAGAAGAUGUGCACGUGUGUGACGAGGUGUAUAGUAACGGGGGUGUGGUUCUGCCGCAUAAGGAGAUCAAAGCGAGCAUCUUGAAGCCGGAGAUAGUGAUGUGAAGAUUGUGUUGAUAUAUACAUACAUAGUUGAUGUUUGAAAGAGGUUUAGUUUCUAUAAUGUGUUUUAUUUAUGUUUCUUUGAGGUGGGUGUUCUUUCUUUCUAUGUUGUGUUAUUAUUUUUAUUAUUAUUAUCAUUAUUUUUAUUAGCAUUGUUUUGAAAGGUUUAGAAGUCUCAAAGACCUCUAGAUAUUAGAAGAUGCAAACAAUUAAGUGUUAAAAGGGUUUGUACUUGUUUUUUCUUUGUUUUUCAUCAUUUUAAUGGUUAAUAACAUGCAUUAUUUUA